UUGGUUCAAGCUCAUUGCUGUGAGGAGCACGGGCGCUGGCUCACACGCGAUGGCGAAGCCGUUGAGUGGAGGCUGAGCAGAGGUCUACUUUCCUGGAUCGAGCUUCGAGCCCCUCGGAUCCAGGUUGAACCUCGACAACGUAACGGAGGCUCACCCGUUCCUGGCUGGCUGGGCCUGCAGGUGGUCUUGCCGUAGUUCGGUCAACAUGCUGGUGGUGGCGCUGCUGUCCUUGUGCGCGUCGUCUGGCGGGGCUUCGCCUCCGCCUGAGGGCAUUGACUGGCCGGCCCUGUCGCUGCCUUGGCGUCCCGCGCCAGCGAGUCUUGUUCAGGCCAUGCGCCCCCCGCUGCCUUGGUCCCCCCCGCUGCAAUGCACAGACAACGCCACGUUUCGCGAUUCGUUGGGCUUCCCCUGCACCGAUUGGAUCGAUUACACAUGCGACAGAGCUGCACAAGUGGAGGGAUGGGGUUACACCAAGCAGGCGCAGGAUGACAUCUUGUCGAAUUGCAAGCUUUCCUGUGGCUUGUGCGAGACAGAUGGCGCAUUGCCCAAGGACAGGGGCAACUGUUUCUCCGAGGGCUGCUAUGCUCACAACAAGUCCAAAGGAUGCCAGUGCAACCCCAUGUGUGAGAUGAAAAAGGACUGCUGCUACGACUACGAAGCUAGGUGCUACAAUCGUGAUUAUCCGGAUCUUCUGCCCGACACGGCAGGAAGUUGCAUCGACAAUGGGUGCCACGGCUACGACAAAUCAGUAUCUUGCCAAUGCAACCCAAAGUGCGUCAAGUACAAGAAUUGCUGUCAUGAUUUCCGAGACAGGUGCAAAUGGAACAUAGGUAAUUGUUUGGCUUGGCAGCAAAUCCCAGCAAACAUUUCAAGAGCGAAUUACACAGAGUUGUGCAACAGAGCUGAAUGCCCUUUCUUAUCAAUCAGUGGUCCUGAGCGCGCUGGCUGUUGGUUCAGGUGCGUGCCAAAGUGGGGCUGCGGGUGGGACGUUUCAGAGAUGAGCAUCGCGGACAGGGACCGAAGAGUGUGUCGCAAAUGCUCCAUACCUGGAUGCGUUAAAUGCAAGCAUGGCUCAAGAUCCAAAGGCGUUGAUCAAUGCUCCCAGCAAGGAUGCGCAAGUGGUUAUCAUGUGCGGAACAAUGAAUGUGUGGGGAAUCUUCGGAAUCUGCAUGGCCUCGCCUUCUGCCGCCGGCCCCGCCGCUGACGGACUCGUUGCUCGAUGGUUGCCACGUUGUAGACUGUCGUUCUCUUAAUCCUGGC